AGAUGCAAUGAUCAAGAAGACGAGGAAGAAAGCUGCCUUUGCCAUGUGUUAUCGUUCCGAUUAAAAUCAGAUGAGCAAAUAUGAGAUGGUGGAGAAUGCAAAAUAUGUGAACUUACCGGCUUUCUUUUCACUACCGUUUCCUGAGUGGCUCAAAAACUGCUCAGUGCAGUUUCGAACUCCUUCCAACUCCAGCCGACCUAAGGCGGCUUUGUUCCUCUCAGCGAUUUGGUUCCUUUGGAAGGACAGAAAUGCCCUUGUAUUCAGAGCUGUUAGAUCAAGACCACAGGAUCUAUGUUCUACGAUUAUACAACAUGCUAAUUAUACAGAACUAGCGAAGAAUCCUCUGUGCCAUGCAAAGCCGCAACUACCACGCUGGAUUCGUUGGAUACCACCUGCGGAGGGCUUUUGCAAGUUGAAUUCGGAUGGAUCCUAUAGCAGUGUUGAGAAAGCUGCUAGCGCCGGGGGCCUAAUUCGGGAUUCAUUAGGGAAUUGGCUCAUAGGAUUCACAGUCAAUAUUGGGCAUGCUUCUAUCUUUAUAGCUGAGCUUUGGGGAAUGAGAGCAGGACUACGUUUAUGCCGUGAGCUGGGGUUCACUAGAGUGAUUGCUGAGAUGGAUUCUCUUAUGGCUGUUCGGUUUGUCAAUGAGAGAAGAGAGCCAGAUAAUCUAGCUGCUGCACUCCUGUCAGAUAUUAGGGACUUGAUGGCACAGUUUGAAUCUUGCAUGUUGCAACACGUCUUACGGGAAGGGAAUGCUGCAGCUGAUUUUCUUGCUUCCCUUGGACACACAUCACCCCCAGGCUUAAGUAUCUUAGACUCACCACCGACUGGUCUUCGACCUAUCCUUUUAGGGGAUCAGAUGGGGGCUAGUUCCCUCAGACUCUAGUUUUGCUGUUUCUUAGCUUUCUCACUGAUGUACCGAAAAAAAAAAAACAAUUUGUAUUUAUGAUGGCUCAUAAAUAUUUUCCCUUUAUUAAUAAUAAGAACAGGUAAGCAACUACUGAAAUUUUAAGUAUUUUCCUAACUUGUGAGUGUAAUUAAUAUGCCUGUUUAACAUUAACUAGUAUAUAUUAGGGUUUGGGUGGUGGGUUUCUUUCUGAUUUCUUAACAUUUGGGAUUACUCUCUCUCUUUUUUCUCUCUUUUUCCUUUUUAUCUUGUCUUUUUUUUUUUUUUCUUAUUGUUUUGCUUUUAUUUGUUUUGUCCCUGGCAUUAGUUUAGUCUUGUUUCAUUUUUAUCGAAAAAAAAAUUAGUAUUAAAAAUAAUAAAAGUCAACAUUAAUU